CGGCUUUAUCACGCGGAGUGCACGGGGGGUGUCGCGCAGGGGGCUCGCACUGUCCUCUCUGCUCUCGUGUUCGGCUUGUUGCACCCCGGGACGCGAUAAACACGAACAUCCGAACAGCUCCUGCGUCCAGCGCCCGCCGGCACGCGAACACCAUGAGUGGAUGGCACAGAGCAGUUUACCCUUGAUUAACCUUCUCCCGUAAUCUCCAAAAGACUGGAGCAUCACCAUAUAAUGACUGCACUCUCUGCUGAGAAUUUCACUGAAGCACUGAGGAUGCUGGGGCAGGCAGAUUCGUGAGCACCAUGGAGAAGGCUGCAAGCCAGCUGGAGAGGGAGCGUGUUCACAGCGUCUACGAGAGGAUCGCACCCUUUUUCAACGACAACCGCUACAAGGCCUGGCCCCGGGUCAAGCAGUUCCUGCUGGAGCAGGAACCCGGCAGCAUCGUGGCCGAUGUGGGAUGCGGCAAUGGUAAGUACCUGCACAUCAACGACGGCAUCUUCAAGCUGGGCUGUGACGUGUGCCGCCCCCUGGUGGACUCGGCCUGGAGUCGCGGUCAUGAGGUGCAACUGUGCGACGGCCUACGUCUGCCCUACCGGGACGGCUGCUUCGAUGCCGUGCUCUCCAUCGCAGUCAUCCAUCACAUGUCGACGAAGGCGCGUCGGAUUCGCGCGCUGAGGGAGAUGGCACGCACGCUGCGUCCAGGAGGCCGCGUCAUGAUCUACGUGUGGGCCAUGGAGCAGAAGCACCGCAAGUUCGAGAAGCAGGACGUCUUCGUCCCCUGGACCCCCCACCCUCCUUUACACCCCGUCCCCAGAGGGCGCGGGAGAGCCCGCCGGCGGGGCAGCGGAACCCGAGGCGUCUGCAACGCGGCCGACGCCCAGAACAAGCACAGGAACGCGAAAAGCACAUCUUCCGCAGCGGACGAGGACGAGGUGGCCAGAACGCGGCAGCAGAGGAGGCAGGGCCUCUGGUUUUUCUCCCGCUCGCUCGACUCCGUGCUGGACUUUGGCAGCCUGACCAUGUCGCGCCCUUCCUCCGUGGACGAUGGGGAGAUCGCAUACCGUGCCAGGGGCCUCAUCAGCCAGGUGUCCAGCUUCUUCUCCCCGCCGUCGGCCAGGACCGGCCUGGACGAGGAUGUCUUCGCCGCCGAGCCGCACGACCGGGCGCGUGCGGCCGACGAGCCCGCCGACGGCCACGUCUCCGUGGCGCUUGUCCAGGACUGCUCGGCCGUGGCCCUGCCCGACCUGGUACCCUGCCAGAAGGGGCAGUCGCACGGUAGCAAGACGGGGCAGGACGAAGCCGGAAGGCAGGGAAACCUGGUGUCCCUCCAACGCAGCGAGCAGUGGGACGGGGAGAAACUGGACGACGCGUGUCUUCGCUACUACCACGUCUUCAGGGAAGGGGAGCUCGCACAGCUCAUCGAGGAGCACGUCGAAGAGCUCCACGUUCUGCACACCUUCCUGGAUCACACCAACUGGUGUGUGGUGGCCGAGAAGGUUCAAGUUUGGAGGGUUUGAGUUUAUUUAUCAUCUCCAUUUAAACUUUUCUAUUAAGGUUUGUUUCCAAGUGUUUUUAAAUGUUUUAUUUAUGUUUUUUAGUAUUUGUAUUGGAGGGACAAUUUUGUUAUCUACGAGAAGGGUCAGUAAGGCAAUCACAUACUGAUGCUUGCUUCCUAAUGUAGACUGAAGCAGUAUUAUUAGUUCAACUGAGCAUUUGUUGCUGCCAGUGGUUAAAGACUCGUUAUCCAAUAAUGUCCAGUCUUUUUAGGUCUGAAUAAAAUACUGCUUGUUUUUAGUUUCCAGCUGUCUUUGUGUCUCGGUUGUUUUUGAAUUCCAUGGCAGUUUAAGUGAUUUUUAAAAAUCAUAUCAUGGCACUGAUUUUCACGGCAAGCAUGUCACUGUUAGCUGCCCUAAGCGAUGCCUAUCUGAAACUGAGAGCACUCCACAUUGUUCUGAAACAAACGUGAGCACAUAACUAGCAUUUUAAGUAGUGAAUGCCUUCUUCUCAGGAGUCAUUUUCGUGUAUGCUCGUGGUGUCUUGUACUUUCGGCUUAAGCUACUAAGUGCUUCAUCAUCCUCAGACGUUGCUGCGUUUAGUGCAGGUACUUUGCACACCGAGUCCCAAACUUGAAUAAAUGUUUUACAUUGGCUACUAGUAUUUAUGGAUUUUUUUACAUAGUAAUGCAAGUGUUCAGUGUACUUAAGUCUUGUGAUUUAUGUUUUAAACUUGAAUCAUGUUUCUUUCCAUUACAUUGUGUAUUCUGUUCAAACUGAAUAAAUAUGCUAUAUUUUAAAUACACUAAA